CUGGGGAUCGAAACUGCAACCCAGUUGCUUUGUGUUGUUAAGUUUGAAGUAAACAAAUUCAAAAAAUGAGUGAACUGGAACAGUUGAGGCAGGAAGCUGAACAGCUACGGAAUCAGAUCCAGGAUGCUAGGAAAGCAUGUAAUGACGCAACGCUUGUUCAGAUCACAUCAAAUAUGGAUUCUGUGGGUCGGAUACAAAUGCGAACAAGACGUACACUGAGGGGGCACCUCGCUAAGAUCUACGCCAUGCACUGGGGCUAUGAUUCAAGGCUACUAGUCAGUGCUUCCCAAGAUGGAAAAUUAAUUAUUUGGGAUAGCUAUACAACAAAUAAGAUGCAUGCUAUUCCCCUGAGGUCCUCCUGGGUGAUGACCUGCGCCUACGCUCCCUCGGGAAAUUACGUGGCCUGUGGAGGACUGGACAACAUCUGCUCCAUAUAUAACUUAAAGACCAGAGAGGGGAAUGUGAGAGUGAGCCGAGAGUUGCCGGGUCACAUAGGCUACUUGUCCUGCUGUCGUUUUUUAGACGACAGCCAAAUUGUUACAAGUUCAGGAGAUACAAAUUGUGCUUUAUGGGACAUUGAAACUGCCCAGCAGACCACCACAUUCACUGGGCAUUCUGGAGAUGUGAUGAGUCUUUCUCUGAGUCCUGACAUGAGAACUUUUGUUUCUGGUGCUUGUGAUGCCUCUGCCAAGUUAUGGGAUAUUCGAGAUGGAAUGUGUAGACAGUCUUUCUCUGGACAUGUGUCAGAUAUUAAUGCUGUCAGUUUUUUUCCGAAUGGAUAUGCCUUUGCCACUGGCUCCGAUGAUGCCACUUGCCGCCUCUUUGACCUUCGUGCAGACCAGGAGUUAUUAUUGUAUUCUCAUGACAAUAUUAUCUGUGGAAUCACCUCUGUAGCCUUCUCAAAAAGUGGGCGCCUCCUGUUAGCUGGUUAUGAUGACUUUAAUUGUAAUGUAUGGGACACACUGAAAGGAGAUCGUGCAGGUGUUCUUGCUGGUCAUGACAACCGUGUCAGCUGUUUGGGUGUAACUGAUGAUGGCAUGGCUGUGGCAACAGGCUCUUGGGACAGUUUUCUUAGAAUCUGGAAUUAACACUGCAUACACACAAUUUUGCUGUUCUCUGUUGAUAUCUGGAGAAAUCAGUGCUAACAGCCUAUAGCUGUGAAAAAAAUUCUACCUUAUAUUUGCAGUUGAAGAUUUUUCUAUUGAGAUUACUAUAUACAAAAAGGAGCUUUCAGUAAACUACAAAACAGAAAAAUGAUGAAACAAACAAAACAAAAACAAGGCAAAGGUGCUUGCUGAGAUCAAAAGGACCAGUGUAUUGAGUUGAGCUAAUUUAACCUUGAUGAAUUUUUGCUUUUACUCUGCCUAAUUCUGUUUACUUUGUGUAGAACAAAAUGUACACAUUAUAGCAACCUGUCAUGUCUGUGUUUGUAUUUUUUAAGAACUUCAUUUUUAACUUUCUAUACACCAGAAAUGUCACAUUUUUUGAGUUUUGUAAUGGAGGAACCAGGCACAGUAAUAGAUGAAAGUAAUACCAUAUGUGUCUGUCAUUAUGUUUGAAGAGUCUCCUUGAAUUCCGACCUCCCUCUUUGAUCUAAGAGAGAUCCGGGUUGCUUAAUGCUUUAAGAAUGCUGACAGGUAGGUCCCUCAGGGGAGCCCUUUUGAAUAUGUUUCUGGUGCAUCCUUUGCCAUCCUGUCCAUUUAAGUGCCAUUUUCAGUCCUUUGAGGGGAAGAUAACCUGAAGGCUAGGAAAUAACUUCACUCUGCAACUUAAGACAUAUGUAAGAAACAUUACAUUAAUAGGUAGCAAUAAUUGCAUGUAAAUGAUUCUUGACAUUUUAAAAGGCAGAUUAUGAUCAAAUGACACUGUACUCUAGAUAGCGGGGCUUUCCUAUUGAUUUCAUCUUCUAGAACUGAGUUUGCAGAGUAUAUUCCUUAUUCCAGGACAUUAAUGAAUGUUUGGAUUGUCCUUGCAUCUGAAGAAUUUCCCCCCAUGUUCUCAGUAUGCAUCUAGAUCUAAGGAAAUAGGAUGGCCUUAUGUUUUGAAAGAAGUGUAAAAUCUAACCAGUCACUAGACCUGAGUAGUUAUAGUUGUGACAAGGUGGCUUUAUGAAUUUAUGUUCACAUAUAUAAAAUCUGAAUUGAUGUAGACUGUGCGUUCAGAUUUAAAAAAGGAAACAUUUAAGCUCUUGCUCUUCUGUAACAUUUCUUUCUUCAGCACAAAAUACUGGUUUCUAAGUGGUGUGGCUCUACUUUAAAGAAUGGCCAGAUCCAAGUGACUCAUUUUAAAGCCAAAAGGAAAAUUGCAAGAGCAGCUCUUUAAAAAGUCAGAGGAAGAUGCUAAGCAAUUCAUUCCUCAGCUUGUCAAGGAUAUAAUAAUGUGUUGUCUGUUACUAGAAUGGGCCUCCUGGGAAGAUACUCUCCCACUUGGAUUUUCUCCUACAAAUAAAUCUAAAUGAUUGACAAUGGAAGACUGUUAGUCUUGCUUGAUGGUGAAGUCAUGGGCUGUUCUGAUGUAUUGUAGAAGUGCAUUGUGUUUUGUUAAAUCAGUAAACUGUGUCAAUUACUGACUGUUAAAUCAGUAAACUGUGUCAACUGUGCUG